AUGAACAACCAGUUUAAUGUUAUUAGCAUAUUUGUUGUAGAGGAAUGUGAGCCAAGUAUUAAUUUACCUAAUAUAAUCCAUCACAAUGAGCAUGAUGAACCGGAUGAACUUGAAGCUGCCACUGAUUGUGAUGAAAGUGAUAAUUGUGAUGACAAUGAAUAUGUUGUUUCUUCAGAUGAUGAUUCUAAUAGACUAGAGAAACAUUUUACACAAAAGAAGAGGGACAUUAAUGAUAAAUUGACUGGCUAUAAAGAGUUGGAUAGGUCCAUAAUAUUUAAAGAUAUUGCUGAAGCUAGGAAAGUGAUAAAUAUGUAUGCACUUGCAAAUGGAAUUCUUCAGGGUGGUGGGGUUGAAUUCAGGACCUUAAAUUCUGAGUACACUUGUGAACCUACAUAUGAGAAUCAUAGAGUUAAUGCCAAGACCAUUGCUGCAUACUUCAAGAGAGGGUUUCAAGAUGAUCCAAAAAUUAAGGUUAGAGAGAUGAGGGCAAGCUUGAAGGCUACAUAUAAUGUAAAUUUUAGUGAGGCAAAGUGCAAGAGAAGGUUCCGAAGGAUGUACAUAUGUUUUCAUGCAAUGAAGAUGGGGUUUAUGAGUGGGGUGAGGCCCUUUAUAGGGUUGGAUGGAACUUCUUUGAAAGGAAAAGUUAAGGGUCAGCUUUUGGUGGCAGUUGGUCAAGACUCUGCAAAUCAUUUUUAUCCAUUAGCUUGGGCUAUUGUGGUAAAAGAAACAAAAGUCACAUGGAACUAG